UCCAACGACUAAGCUCAACGGUCUCAGCUCUGAAAUAUCAUCCAACCUCUUCCUUGACUUGGAUUAUUAAAACCCCCAAAAUCCCAACGUACGGAUUUCACAUUCCAAAAUGUUACUUAAAUUAUUCCCAAUUCCGUUGUUUGUUAUCUUAACUUUCUCCAUUUCCGUAGAAUCAAGAUGCACCAGAAGCUGCACGGCCUUAGCAUCCUACUACGUUCCGCCAAACUCAAGCUUGACCUUCGUAUCCGAGCUUUUUAAUUCGACCCUUGUUCCUUCCUCCACGUUAAAUUUUGACUCAAUCCUUAGUUACAACAAACAAGUUGCCAACAAAGACAGCGUCGAAAUUGGUACUAGACUCAAUGUUCCUUUCCCUUGCGAUUGCAUCAACGGCUCAUUACCCGCCCACGAGUUCAGCUACAGAGUUAGGUCACACGACACUUACGACAAGAUCGCCACAGAAUACUACUCGAAUUUGACGACGGUCAAUUGGUUGCAGCCGUUCAAUACCUAUCCGCCGACGAAUAUACCCGAUACUGGGACGGUUAGGGUGGUGGUUAAUUGUUCGUGCGGUGACGCUACUAUUUCGAAGGAUUACGGGCUGUUUGUUACAUAUCCGCUCCGACCGGGGGAGAAUUUGAGUUAUGUCUUGACUCAGGCGAAUCUGUCAUCGGAUUUGUCGGGGUUGGUGCAGAGAUACAACCCCGGGGUGAAUUUCAGCUCAGGGGCUGGUCUGGUAUUUAUCCCGGGAAGAGGAAAUUCGGGUGGAGUUAUUGUUGGGAUCUCUAUAGCAGCCAUAGUGGUAUUGCUGUUGCUGGGAAUUGGUGUAUAUAUUGGAUUUUUCCGAAAGAAGGUAAAGGGAGAAACAUUAUCCUCGACAGACUCCCAAGAUUUAUUAGCUCAAGUUGGAAAUGCUUUUGGAAGUAAAGCAGCGGAAUCAACUCCGGCUGUUGCUGCUUCUCCAGGCCUUACUGGCAUUUCCAUUGACAAAUCAGUUGAGUUCUCUUAUGAAGAACUUGCCCUGGCGACUGAUAAUUUCAGUAUGGCUAAAAAGAUUGGUGAAGGUGGUUUUGGGGCUGUUUACUAUGCAAAUCUGAGAGGCGAGGAAGCUGCAAUCAAGAAGAUGGAUAUGCAGGCAACCAAAGAAUUUCUAGCUGAAUUGAAGGUUUUGACACAUGUUCACCACCUGAACCUGGUGCGUUUAAUUGGAUACUGUGUUGAAGGCUCUCUUUUCCUAGUGUACGAAUACAUUGAGAAUGGCAAUCUAAGUCAGCAUUUGCGAGGCUCAGGCAGGGAGCCACUUCCUUGGUCUACUCGAGUGCAAAUUGCCCUCGACUCAGCCAGAGGUCUUGAAUAUAUUCAUGAGCAUACUGUCCCUGUUUACAUUCAUCGGGACAUUAAAUCAGCUAAUAUAUUGAUAGACAAAAAGUUCCGUGUAAAGGUUGCAGAUUUUGGAUUAACAAAACUGACAGAAGUUGGAAAUUCAUCCCUACCCACACGUCUUGUUGGGACAUUUGGAUACAUGCCACCAGAAUACGCUCAAUAUGGUGAUGUUUCUCCUAAAAUAGAUGUAUUUGCCUUUGGGGUUGUGCUGUAUGAACUGAUUUCUGCUAAAGAAGCUAUUGUCAAAGCAAAUAGCUCCCUCGCUGAAUCGAAGGGUCUGGUUGCUCUGUUCGAGGAUGGUCUUGAUGAGCCUGAUCCUAAAGCAGGGCUGUGCAAACUUAUUGAUCCGACGCUUGGAGAUAAUUACCCACUUGACUCUGUAUUCAAGAUGGCUCAGCUUGCCAAAGCUUGCACACAAGAAAACCCUCAACUACGACCAAGUAUGAGGUCAAUAGUGGUUGCCCUAAUGACUCUUUCGUCCACAACAGAGGAUUGGGAUGUUGGUACUUUCUACGAAAAUCAAGCUGUUGUCAACCUUAUGUCUGGACGAUAGAUCAGCGAACAGGAAUGAAUGUUUGCAGAUAUAUUUUGUGGGUAUUUUUGCUGUCUUCGCAAGUUGUGAUGGACAAAUGACGAUGUCUGUCGUCAGCUAAAACUCCACUGGCCACCAGUAGUUUUUUCCGAAAAGUGGGUGACUCUUCGUCAACUUUUUAACAUGUUUCUGUUUUGAAAGUAUUUUAGAAUAAAGAAUGAUUUCACGUGUCGAUUUGGAUAUAUGUUGUAUGUUUUUUUGUUUUUUCAUUGUUUAAUAAAUCUUCAGCUUUAGAAGCUUUUGUCUGCUCUUGUAGCACUUUUCUUGGUCUUGCUUAUGCAUGUAAUCUUAAUUUUACAAGUGAUUUUAGGGAUGAUUUUGUUGUUGUCCUCUCUAGUUUGGUGAAUGCUCGAUUCUUUUGU